UGCAUAUUACUUUAUGUUUUUAAUGUAUAUAUCAAAUACUAUAACUCUUUGUUUACCUUAUUAAUAUUUUAAAAAAAGAUAAAGUGCCGAAAACUUAUUUUGUUCAGUUGUUUAUCUCCACCGUUUUCUUCUACACCAAAAUGGUGCCGAAAUACUUGCUUCCUAUUGGCUAUAUACGGAUUCACGGGCACGCAAUAGUUGGGAGUUGACGAGCUUUCUUCCGCGAAUACGUAUUUUUCCGUGACCGGAUACGUCCCACUGUGGAAUGAACACAGACUACUUUACGUUUCGGCUUACGUGAUCCGUGUUCCGCAUCCGUGGAAUUGUAGAACGGGCCUUGCAGAGACCGAGAUAGAUAACGGCAGCCAUAACAAAGAAGUCACCCUAACAGAUAAUUAAAAAUGUACAAUAAACCAUUAUAUUAUUAACUUAGCCAUUUCUAAGCAAUGGGCUAAUCAUUUUAAAUCGAUAUAAUACAGGGUGUCCAGCGACCUGGAAAACCUGGAAAACAGGGAAUUUUCAGGGAAUUUCGUGUGUCAGGGAAAAGUCAGGGAAAUGUCAGGGAUUUUUUAAAAAUCGUCUAGAAAUUUUGGCCGUGUUUGUUCUUCACGCAGCAGCACGAUACAAUAUGCAUAUCGAUUGUUCAAUUCGCCGCGUACACAAUGAUCGACGUAUCGAUUAUAAUCAGCACAUGGCUGUACACAUUGCGGCCUGUUAGGCUGGCCAAAAUGGCGCGCAUUUGUGUACUCUUGUUGAUUUUGGUUAUCGUUUUUGUUGAUGGAUAAGUGAAUUAUUAUAUCAUCAGCCAAACAAAGGUCACAACAUGGCUUCAAAACUCAGAAAAACUACAUUCAGGGAUGAAUGGAACCAGAACCCAUCCCUCUCAUGGGCUCAGGCUAUUGAUGGCAGCCCAUAUGCAGCUUGGUGCAAACUUUGCAAUCACAGGAUUGAACUGAGUAAUAUGGGGAAGCAGGCUCUUACCAGUCAUGCAUCUGGAGUGAAACACAGCAGAAGAGUGCAAGGAUUUCACAUGAGUUCAUCCAUAGCAGUGUACUGUAAAACAACUAGGCCUACAUCAGCAGCGUCACAAAAUAAUUCUGCUUCAGAGUCUUCACCUUUGUCUGAAUCUUCAAAAUUGUUUAGUUCUGAUGUACCCAGCUCACCUCAAGUAUCUUCCCCUCCGUUGUUCCAAACAGAUCCAGUCAGCAGUUCUAAAUCUCUGCCUGAUACUUCCUCAAAUGCUGAUAAUUCUUAUCUAAACCCAUCCGCAACAUGUUCUUGCACGUGCACAUGUGGCAGUGCUAGAAAGGAAUCAAAAUCAUUGACAAAUUACUUAUUAAAUGAUUCUGUAACACGUGCCGAAAUACUUUGGUGUUUCUAUUGUGUUAUGGCUCAUAAUUCCUUAAGGAAUGCAGAAAAUAGUGUAGCAAUGCAUCGUAAGAUGUAUCACGACAGCAAAAUUGCAGCUAAAUUGCAGUUGGGAAAAUCGAAAGUAUGAAGUAUCCUAUACAAUAGUUCACGGAUUGGCUCCAGAAUUUCAAAAGGAACUGCAUGCUGAUAUAUCAAAAUCUUCUCAUCUUGUAGUUGGCUUUGAUGAAAGUUUAAAUAAAAUUGCCCAGAAACAGCAAAUGGACAUUUCUGUCCGUUACUGGAAUGAAGAUGAUUCAAUUACUUGCACUCGAUAUCUUACAUCAGCAUUUCUCGGCCAUUCGACUGCAGCAGACCUGUUAAGUGCUUUUAAAAACUCUUUGCCUGUGAAUACAUUACACAAAAUUAUACAGGUGUCGAUGGAUGGCCCCAAUGUAAAUUUGCGGUUUUUAAAAGACUUGAAGCAAGAUUUGAAGGAAGGUCGUACUGAUGAGGGGGUAAUAUUGGAUAUCGGCACUUGUGGCUUACAUUCAUUACACUGUGCCUUCAAAGGCGCAAUGAGGGAAACUGGUUGGGAAAUUGUUAAAUUCUUGCGUGCUAUUUACAACCUGUUUCAUAACAUCCCCACUCGUCGUGCAGACUACAUUAGAAUAACUGGUUCCAGCUUGUUUCCUCUAAAAUUUUGUCCAGUUUGUUGGUUAGACAACGUUCCUGUAGCAGACAGAGCAUUGAAAAUUUUACCAAAUCUUCGGAACUAUGUUGCUGGUCUAAAGUCAAAUACAGAACCUACGUGUGCUAGUUUUGUUAUAGUGAAAAGUGCUAUUAAAGAUGUGUUACUUGGACCUAAACUUGCUUUUUUUUCAUCUGUUGCUGCUGAAGUUGAACCACUUCUCAAAGAAUAUCAAACAAAUGACCCCAUGGCGCCGUACCUCUUUUCCGACUUUUCUUCAGUCAUCAAGAAUUUUAUGACUAGAUUUGUCAAAGCAGACGUAAUGGCAAAUACUACCCUGAGCAAAAUAGAUUUAUCUGCAAAUAAUCUUUUGUCAAGUAAAAAAAUUGACUUAGGUUUUGGGACACGAGCUGCAUUACGUUCAGAAAAUGCAAGUCAGAAGGAUAUGGAAUUAUUUAGAGCAGACUGUCUAAAAUGCCUGCAGGAAUGUGUGAAAAGGAUUUUAAAGUGCUCACCUCUUACAUUCAGCUUGACAAGAGGCAUUUCAUUUGCUGAUCCUUCUGUAGCCCUUAUUCCCGAUUUGGCGAUCAAGAGGCUGUCAUGUGCCUUAGAUAUAUUUGUUAGUCAUAAUUGGCUCUCUGGAAUUCAAGGUGACAAAAUAUCGAAGGAAUUCAAAAGAUUGUGUUCAUUGACUGCAGUGCAGGAACAUUUGAAACUCCAUGUCCGAUCCAAAGUACGCCUGGAUAAGUUUUGGUUUGACCUUUUAAAUGUUUACUGUAGUGAAAAUACAGGGUAUUUAGCAUCUUUUUUGAAAAUGAUAUUUAUUAUGUCUCAUGGCAACGCAGCAGUAGAAAGGGAAUUUUCAAUAAACAAACAGUGCUUGGUAGAAAAUCAGCUGGACAUUUCACUGAUUGCUCAGCGUACAAUUCAUGAUGGUAUUUUGUCAGCUGGAGGUCUGGAUAAUUUUGUCGUAUCUAAAAGAUUUAUUCAUGCUGCUCGUAAUGCAUAUUUAAAAUACAAGGAAUACACGGAACAACAGAAGAAGUUAUUACAGGAAAAGGAAGAACAAGACACAAGAAAAAGAAAAGCAGCUGCUGAACUCUCUGCUUUGGAAGCUAAGAAAAAGAAAAUCUUGGAAGAUGCUGAAAAAGAAGCUGCUGUAUUAAGCUUCCAGAUAGAAGCUUUAAAAAAGUAGUGCUGCUAAGAAAAACCUUUGUUAAAAUUUUAAUUUGUGAUUGGACUUAAAAGGUUUUUUUAAAGUUUUAAGUUUGGAACUAUUGCAUACUUAGCUAAUUUGAAUACUAUAUAUAUUAUUUUUAAAUAUGAAGUGGAACUGACUUAUGUUUUCAAAACCAUCUAGUGAGUAACUCUUGAAGAAAUUGAGGAACAUGGUGAUAUGUGAGUACAAUAAACAUAUUUCAUAUAUUUUUUUUUCACAUUUUGUAUUUUAGUAUUAGACCUAUUUACACAGUUGCUGUUGCUUAAAAUUUCGCAGUAUAUUUUUACAUAUAUUAUAGUGUAAAAAAUAUUGACAAAGUUUAUAAGAAUUUAAAUGGGAACGAGCAUAGUGUCAGGGAAAAUCCUAAUUUUGUCAGGGAAAACAGGGAAAUGUCAGGGAUUUUUGAAAUCCAUUUUCACUGGACACCCUGUAAUACUAUUACAUACACACUUACUUCAUGUGUUAAAUAAUUCACAUUGUGAUUUAUUGAAGAGUUAUGUUAUUGUGAUGUUGGUAUACGAGGAUGUGUUAAUGCUAAAUAAGAACAUUGUAGAUUGAGUCCUAGCUGGUUUGCAAACACUAAACAGUCAUUUUGUGCUAGCCAGCAAGUUCACCCCACCUUGUUUUCACUCCCCCCUCCCAAUCCCCUUAUUCGCCAACACUUUAAACACGAGGCUGGCAGCGAAUUAGUGCAACAAUUACGUGACUCAUCCCCAUCCAGGUAUCUCCGAAAUGCAAACAAUGUUCGUGUGAAAUCACAGGUCUGUGUGAGAUGCUGACUUCUUGUUUAUCUAAGACCCAUUGGGGAGGGGGUUUGAGGUAGGGAGAGAAAAAGUCAUGCAACGGUUUUGAUACUUCAAUGGAUUAUGGAUCUCUAAAAGCAAAUAAAUUCCUUUUGAUUAUAAAUUCAUAUGCAACUGACUUGUGCAAGCGAUCUCUCGUGUACAGUUAACAUUGCUGCCUUCUAGCGACGGGUAAAUGAGUCAACUGCACGCCAUCACAGGAUAGUUUUCAGGAUUAUUAAGAGAUGUGCACCAGCGGCGAAAAAGGGAAUUUGUUCACCCCACAUAAAUUUUUUUAAAAAAAUGGGCUUGUUGUAUAUUCAAAUAACUUGUAUGGAUGAAAGAACAACAAGCCCCUAACAAGGCGCAACAGCUUAAUCUGAACAUUAAAUGUAAUCUUUAAUUCCAUUUAUCGGAAUAAGUGCGAAACCGAUGAUAUUUUGGCAUUUUGCAAGUGGAAAUGCCAUUGAAUAAGAAGAGUUGGUUGGUGGUUGAGGUUGUUGCUGAGGGGUGCGACUGGCCUUCGGUUGGCUGCUACAAAUAACUGAGGCGUGGUUUAAAUUCGUAUGGUCGAACGUCGCUGGCAACUCCUUCCAAAAGCCGGAAAUGACAAUUCGCAAGGUGGGGUCUAGGCAACUAGUCGCACUGUAGAAACUGGCAAUAUAGUAAGGAUGGUAGAGGUAACUAACAGCGACGUUGCCAUAAUCCCUGGGUGGACAUAUUGACGAAAGGAAACAUGUCUAAUCUAACCACAAGUUACAGAUUUAUUUCAGGUCAUUUUAAAUUUCCAAAUGUUUUUAAGGGAACGACACUAACGAACUGUCUAUAUUAAUUUACCAUACGCCUAAAAUAUUAUGAACUAGCGGAAGUCAAGCCAGUUUUCAAAACGCGUUCAUAUUUUUAUAGUUUUCGUGGCAUUAUUACAUUCAACUUUCGUGAAAGAAUUUUAACUGUUCCGUUGUGUGCCACAAACUUUGAACUCUUUUCAGUAACUUACCGGUAAACAAAAAAAAAUCAAGCAAGUGGAUUGGUUGUGAAAACACGCUGAAAUAUAGUAAUAACGAAAUUAGAAGACAUCCGCCAAAGGUUUGAGAAUAUUUUAUUAAACGUUAAGAAAUUAGUGUUAUAAGAUAAAACAAAGAUUAAAAAACCCACUGAUAUUAAUCUAUAUUGUUUAUUUUCACAUUACUUCUUGAAAAUGAAAUUUAGACAAAGAUCUAAUUACCAUAUUAAACUGUUCAUUAUGUUUAUUAUGACAAGUAACCAUUACCCACAUUCACCUAUUAAAGCAAACAUAAGUUAAGUGAAACGUCAGUUAAGUUACCAAUUUCAUUGUGAUCAUUUGUAGAAGUAUUUAAUUUUUUUUUAAUGAAAUAAGUAAUUGAUCAUACUAAUAAGAUGGUACAUUUUAAAAGUUUGAAAAGGAAUACAUACACAAGAAGGAUAAAAAAAAGUAAUUUUAUAUUGAUGUAGUUUUCCGAAAACAUAUUUACAAAAAUAAACACCAGAGGAGGUGAAAGUUGUGCGCGGGUGUAUCGAAAAUUAAAACAAUAUUAAUUUUUUUAACUAAUUCUGAAGACUUGUUUGACCUACCAAUAUCAGGCAAUAAGUAUUAGUAAUUAAGGCUACUUUCCAAGAUUGUACACACAGAAAUCUGAUGACAAUUAAUUUGGAAGCAGUGCUAACGUCAAAAGCACAUUAAAAUAUGUAGUGCUAUUGAAUUUUUUUCAUUACGCAACGUGAAAAUAUAAACUAAAAAAAUAAUAACUACGUCCAGCGAUAUAUUUGUUAGAUUUGCUGUUAAAGUUCUUUUUGUUUUUUAAACUAUAAUUUAUUUCUUGAUUACAGGUAUCCUAUGUCAUUUUCUGCAGCUCUGACAACGUGUAAGAAAAAUUGAUGUUUAUAGGUUGAGUAGUUAAGGCGUAAAAGCAUAACAAACAAACAAACUCACAUUUGCAUUUAUAGUAUUAGUGGGCUACUAGGAUUCUCAGUGUUAAUGGCAAGCAUUAAAUCCAGAUUCCACAGCACAGACAACCUUGGUGACAAGACUGCCGAUUAUCUCAUUCCAGACCCAGGUUCAGACCGGUUCCAAGUGUUACAAUGUAAGAAGUAAUGGUUUUAACGAAAAAAAAUUGGUUGUCUGUAAAGUCGAUUUACGGACGAUAGUUUAACGUGACAACGUCAUAACAAAACAUUAAUGAAAUGAUUGCAUACUUUUAUGAAUAAAAUUAAAUCAUCACUAUUUUGUAUGGAUACAAAGAAGGAGUGAAAUGAAAUCUACAAUUUAAUUGAUAAAUUUACUUUUAUGUGCACUCAUUAAUUCAAAUAUGUUUAUUACUUUAACGAACAGAUUAUUUUAACUAUAACUUUUAUACAUAUUUGCUAUUUAACUUCUUCCAAUCUGUGUUAUUCUGUGAAGGAUAGGAUAAUGAUAGGAAUAGUAGGAAAUAAAUGGGAGUGUUUCAAGUUUAAUGUGCCUCGAAAAAGUCAAAUCGAUGGUUGUUCCAAUUGAGUGGAAGAGAGAUAGAUGCGGUGCAAGCGUACAAUGAAAGUACCGGGACAAUGAGCGUAACGGGACAAUGAGUCAUACUUUUACAUGCGUGCAGCCGGCGUUCAUCGAUUUAUAAGACGUCAUGGCAAAAAUAUAUUUGUGUUGAUGAGCAAGUUGUUAUUGAAUUCUUUCUGUUACCUAGCCUUCAAAUGAAAUUUUAAAAAAUUCGUUGUUAAGUAAACAAUAGUUUACAUGCUCAGAUUUGUGUGUGCUAGCACUGUUAUACAAUUGAUGACCGAAAUAUUGGCUGUAUCCGAAUACCUAGGGAUGCGUCCAUUAAGUUCACGUCCCUACAUCCCUAAACAAAUGCACCCACAAUUUAAAGGUAAUUUCUAAAGUAUGUACGAUAUCAAAAUAGUUAUACAGCUAUCACUGCCUGUUGGUUUGUCAUUGUACUAAUGUGGAUUGGCCUUUUAUAUUCAUGACAUCUAAAGGUGGGCAAGUAAAACGUAAAUGAACAUUCAAAUUUCUAAACAAUUUCAGAUGAUUUAAAUUAUUGUUGGGAAUUAAAAUAUAGAAUAAAAUUUGAAUCGGGCACUUGUUGUUCCUACAAAUAAAAUUAAUUUACUGUUUAUGUGAAUUAUGUAACAUAUACUUAUAGUAUAAGUAUUUAUAAGUACCAUAGUUACAUUUUAUGUGAUUAUCUUCAAGUUCAAAAUCCAUUUUUAUUAAAUAUCUCGUAUCACACUCUCGUUUUCAAAGUGUUAUAGUCACAAUAACAAAGCUAAGGGAUGUAUGGACAUACCAGUGGAUGUGAGAGUCGCGUCCCUUUAAAAUCUCGAACUAGUGGACGCAUGAGAGGAUGCAUCGACAUCCCUUGUGAGAAUUCGGAUACAACUCAAAGAUGGCCACGUCCAUUACGAUGCACUAUCUAUGGAUCCCUUAGCUAAAGGAUCCAUUAGGCCACUAUUAGGAUACAGCUAUUAUCACUUAUGUACUUUCUGCCUUUGCCCAAACAAAAUUGAUUUUAAGAACUCUAUUAGUGUAGAUAUUUUUGUAUUCAUGAACACUUAAGUAUAAUUUGACAGUAGGCAUAUUAUUUCUUAAGUAUAAAAAAUUAAAUUUAAAAUACGUACAAUGUUUUUAAUUGCUUGUUUUUAGGAUAAAGACAAGUCCAGAACCGUAAAUCAAAAGAGAUUAUCAAAAAUAUUUUAAAAAACAUAUUGUUCACACUAAAUAUUUAUUUUCAGUUGACAUUAUCCAGUUAUUCGCAACACAGAUAUGGGUAGUAAAUCUUUCUAAAAGAAAA